GAUCCCGCAGCGUGGGCUCCCCGUGCCUCCCGCCGGCCGCCUCGUCCCACCGGACUGCAGGCUCUGCCUGUUUUCUCAUCCUGCAGGAAUUCGGCUCCGUGGGCCGAGCGGGUUUUCGUGUGUCCCCCCUCCCUCUCUUCACUCUCCCUCUUUGGAGACUUUCUGCAUUCUGCCUUUGAUCUCCCCCCCGUGUUUGCCCAGGGAUCGCCGGGCUCGCCGGGGUUAGAGGCUGAGGUCAGCGCCUUUCCCAUUCCAAACACCCAGAAACAUCAGUGGGAAGGGAGGGGAUUCAGAUUACAACCUUCCCGUCCUCCCCUUCCACCCCACUCGCCCCGCUCGCCGCGCCGGGGAUGGACUGAGCCCCGGGGACUCCCGCCGCUGCCGCCGUGUCCCCGAGAGCCGCGCGGCGAUGGAUGGAGGGCGGCGUUGCCGGGGGUCCGGUGGGCGCCGGCCGCGCUGAAGGGCAGAGGUUUGGUCCUCGCCUCCUCCUCCUCCUCCUCCUCCUCUUUGUCCCCCCGCCUGCCCGCCUUCCCCCUCAUUCCCUCCGUCCUGAAUGUGAUUUAUCCCGAGCCCUCGCCAGCGAGCCAGGCCGGCGGCGCGGGGUGGCCCGAUGGCUCCUCGUGGGGGUCGCGGGGCCCGGGACCAGCGCACGGGUGGGCGGCAGCGGGGCCCCGUGGGCAUCGCGCUGCUCCUGCCCGUGCUGGCGGCGGCGGCCGGGCUGAGCCUGCAGCCGGGCAGGACGCGGCACCCGGGCGUGUGCCCCAACCAGCUGAACCCCAACCUGUGGGUGGACGCGCAGAGCACCUGCGAGCGGGAGUGCCAGGCAGACCAGGACUGUGAAGACUUUGAGAAGUGCUGCACCAACGUGUGUGGGCUGCGGAGCUGCGUGGCCGCGCGCUUUGCCGACGGCAGCGCCCCGGCGCUGGCCCUGGCCCCCGCCGCGUCCUGCGAGAGCUUCGUGUGUGCCCAGCAGGGCUCCGACUGCGACAUCUGGGACGGGCAGCCCGUCUGCAAGUGCAAGGACCGCUGCGAGAAGGAGCCCAACUUCACCUGCGCCUCCGACGGGCUCACCUACUACAACAAGUGCUACAUGGACGCCGAGGCGUGUCUGCGCGGCACCCGCCUCACCACCGUGCCCUGCAAGCACAUCUUCACCUGGCCCGACACCAGCCCGGUGCCGCAGGAGACCACGGCGCGCCCCACGCCCGGCGCCGGCCCCGAGGUGCCGGUGCCCCCCGCCCUCUACACCAACCCCUUUCACCAGUCCGUGCGCGCCGGGGGCACCGUCAGCUUCCGCUGCGACGUCAGCGGGCGCCCGCGGCCGGACAUCACCUGGGAGAAGCAGAGCGAGCGCGAGGAGAACUUCAUCAUGCGGCCGGACCAGAUGUACGGCAACGUGGUGGUCACCAACAUCGGCCAGCUGGUCAUCUACAACGCCCGCCACGAGGACGCCGGCAUCUACACCUGCACGGCCCGCAACGCCGCCGGGCUGCUCCGCGCUGACUUCCCGCUGUCUGUGGUCAGGCGGGAGCCAGGGGGGACCCCGCGGGCCAGCAGCCCCCAGCCCUUCCCCAGCACCGAGUGCCUGAAGGAGCCGGACCGGCGGCGCUGCGAGGCCAUGGAGGUGCGCUGGCACUUUGAUGCCAAGCAGGGCUCCUGCCUCACCUUCCGCUACGGCGGCUGUGGGGCCAACAGGAACCACUUUGAGACGUACGAGGAGUGCCGAGCCGCCUGCCUGGGCAGCGCCCGCCCCACCUGCCUGCUGCCCAUGGUGCAGGGGCCCUGCCAGAACUGGGAGCCGCGCUGGGCGUACAACCACCUGCUGAAGCAGUGCCACUCCUUCGUCUACGGCGGCUGCGAGGGCAACACCAACAACUUCGAGAGCAAGGAGACGUGUGAGGACGUGUGCCCCUUCCCCAAGAGCCUGCAGUGCAAGGCCUGCCGCCUCAAGAGCAAGAUGGUGCUGAGCCUCUGUCGCAGCGACUUUGCCAUCGUGGGCCGGCUGAUGGAGAUCGUGGAGGACCAGGACUCUGGCAUUGCCCGCUUUGCCCUCGAGGAUGUCCUCAAGGAUGAGAAGAUGGGCCUCAAGUUCUUCAACAUCAAGUACCUGGAGGUGACCUUGACCGACAUGGACUGGAGCUGCCCCUGCCCCAACAUGACAGCGGAGGACGGGCCACUGAUCAUCAUGGGCGAGGUGCACGACGGCAUGGCCACGCUGGACCCCAGCAGCUACGUCCGGGCAGCCAACGACAAGCGUGUGAAGAAGAUCUAUGAGCUGAUGGAGAAGAAAACUUGCGACCUCCUGAACCGCUUCCAGGACUAGGGGAGAGCCAGGAUGUGCCAACAGGGGGAGCUGCAGACACACCGUGGAGGGGGCAGCCUGGGGAAGCCCCUGCAUCUGAGGUUACCACCAUCAUGUAGUUUCCCCCAGCCUCAUGCUGAGCCCCAGACCAGCUCCCAUCUCCCCUGUAAUUCAUCUGCUGCAUGCCCCCCUCUUUUGUGCCCCCCAGCCUGGCCAGCAGCAAUAAGGAACUGGGUUGGGUUGCAGAGGGGUGGGAGGUCUGCCAGGACAUCCCUCCUCCCCAUAAAAACUUUCCCACCUCAUUGAAGCCUCUGGACCCAGUGUAGCAUCCCCAGUGCAGAAUCUGACCCCCCAUUGGUGCCGGGAGUGGGCUGGAGAUCCUCCCCCCUCAUGUUGGCACUGAAAGCAUCAGGGAGCUGCUGGGUCAGGGGGGAGUCAAAGCCACAAAGUUUAUUGGGGGAACAGCACAGUCCUGGGAAAGGGGGAAGGAUGAUGGGCCCCCUGCCAUUAGCACAGCAUCCUAGGAGCAAACUGAGCAAGAAGUCUCCUCCAUACCCAGGGGUGCUGUGCCCCCACUCCCACACCUGUGCCCCCCAUGCCUGCCCUCCUCUGGUCCAGGCUGUGGCACUCUGCUGCAAAGGGAGAAGGCACUGGGGGACAUGGACCCCCCAGCCAGGCCAGCCCCAGCUGGGGCAUGGCACUGACCCAUCACUGCUGUCCCCAGAUGGUACCUGGGGGGCACGUUGGGACCCCUCGAGGAGGCAGCAGUGGGGGCAGUGCCAGGAGGUGCUGGAGGUCGGGGCAGUUACAGCUUGCGGAAGAUGAGGCUCUUGUUGUUGGCCGGCAUGUCCACCUGGGGGCAGAGCCGGGGGUCAGGGGGUGCCCACUGGUCUGGGGACCCCCCCCAGACCCCAUCACUCACCAUCCUCUCCAGGCGCAGCCCGUUGGCCUCGGCCAGUUCCCGCAGCAGCGCCGUGUCCCGCAGGCCCCAGGCGGGAUUCCUGCGGGGAGGGAGGCUGGGUCAGGUCAGACAGAUGGACAUCGGGGAGGGAGGAGCGGGUCAGACAGACAGACAUCGUCUCCUGAGGCAUCCCCAUCUCCCGGGGGUGCCCUGGGGUGCGGGGCCUUCCCCCAGAUGCUGCUUAUCUUGAAGGACCACACUGGGAGGGAGCUUCCUGCAGCUGCAGGAGCACGGAUGGGCAGGACAGACAGCAUGGGCAGGACAGACAGGACAGGCCCCCAGCAGCCUGGGACCCCAGCCCCCUCCUACCUCUGCCUCAGGCUGCGGUCAAAGUCCACGUUGCUCUGGGGGCUGAUCUGUCCGUCCACGGCGUAGGGCUGGUGGGACAGGGAGCUGGAGCUGCAGGCUGGAGCCAUCCCGUGUCCCCCCCAAGCGCCCCCUCCAUGGGCUGCUGUCCCCACCAUGCACAGAAGCCAAGCAGGAAGAGCCGUGGCCCCCAAGAGGCACCCUGGGUCCCAUCACCCUCUGCGAGUCCUGUCAUCCACCUCAGGUCCUGUCACCCACCUUGGGUCUUGUCACCCACUACAGGUCCCAUCACCCUCCACAACCCCCCCCUAGACUCUGCCUUGGAUAAGGCAAGGGAGAUGAGCAUCUUUCCCAUCAAAAACUGCCCCAUCCAGGGCUCAGCAUGUGCCCCAAAACCCAAGCUCUCUCCUUUCCCGCCCCCUCCCCAAGCCAUGCCUGGAGCUGCCCUCCCAUCUGCCACCCCCCAGCAUUCCCAGUGAUGCCCUGUGCCCUGCAGAUGCUCCCACACCAGGACAGUGACCCACCCCAUAGGUGAAGAGCACUCCUCCAGGCUUCAGCAGCACCCCAGCACCCUUGAACAGGCCCUGGGGAAUCAGAGAGGUGGGGACCAGGUCAGAGGUCUGGGGACACCCCCUGGGACCCCCUCCUCGGCCCUGGCACUGUCUGACCAGGGGACAGGGCCUGGGGGAGGGCUGCUCACCUGGGUGCAGCACAGCUCCGCGAUGUGCAUCAUGUUGAUGCUGACAAGGAGGUCGAGGGAGGCGGGCUGGGUGCCCCCCCACGUCUCCCAGCCCUGCGAGACGUCCACCACGAUGGGGGGCAGCAGGUUGGGCAGCCCCGCGGCCUCCACGUAGGCAGAGAGGCUGUGGGCACCAAACUCCACCUGAGCCCCAGCCGGGCAUUGCUUGGUCCUCCCCCCCCCGUGCAUCCCUCCAGCACCCGCUGCAGGCACAGGCAGAACUCCUGGAUGGUGUCUGAGGAGGUUGUGGGUGCAGCACAGCUGGGGGGUCUUUGCUCCCCGAUGGAGAACUGGCAGCACCUGGACAACCAGCAGCACAUGGAUGGAGAGGCCUCAGGGCCCAACCCCCCCAUUCCGGAGCAGCCUGUGCUCCUGCCUGCCUGCACCCCCUCGGUACCACUGCCCCAGCACCGCCAGAUUUUGGUGUGAUUUACACCCUUUUUGGCACAUUCACCACCCAGGUCUUGGCUCUGCAGCCUCACAGGGCAGUGGGUGCUGCUGGGUGGGCAGGACACAACCCCCCCUGGACAGGCGCCCAUUCCAGCACCUCCCCACAGCGUUUAUUUUUUUCCAUGGGGGAAAGAUGGAUUUUGGGACUUUUCUGGGAAAAAUAAAGUCCUGAGCUGGGGAGCCUGGUUGGAUAUUGGGAUUUACUGAAAAAAAAUAUAGUGAGUAUUGACUUGGGAAGCCUGGGAUGGGCAGGAGUUGAAUAUUGUGGUUUGCCUGGAAAAAAUAAAGUGUCAAGCAGGGAAGCCUGGGCUGUCCAAAGGGUCUUUGCUGGAAAAAAAUUCACAUCAAGCUCAUCUGAGAGCAGGAUAUUGGA